GAUGGUUAAUAAAUGUGCCAGAUCCGCCCGGCACAUUUACUGUUACACAUUGUCAGUUCAUUUAGAGUUAAACAAAGCAGAUGACAAGUCAGCAAUCAGUUUUUAGGAAAUAAGAGGCGACUGAAGCGCUGCCCCGGCCUACCUUCAUCAUCAGUAGGUUCACUUCCAGCCUGCCUCUCCGUAAUUGUUUUACUUUCACCUGAUUGGACAGACCAUCUCUAAUGACAACCUACUGAAGCUUCUGAUUGGAUACUGUUAAAUGACGUUGCACGUAUAACACCGGAAAAGCCCGUCUCAAAGUUCUGCGCGGAAACCAAGAAGUAAUGAAACGAGAUGGCUGAAAACGGCUCAAAGUCUAAACUGAAACGGAAGAGGAGUUCAGCGGAGGAGCCGAAGUCUGGACUCGGUUCCCUAGGAACAGCGGAGAGGAGCGGCGCAGCUCCGCUGUCCAGAGACGGAGCAGCACAUCCUGACAGGUGUCGGCCGCCUGCAGCAGCAGCAGCGUGGUGGAACAUGUCGCAGCCCCCCGCUGUGGAGAGCCUGUGGGCGUUCACACUGAUGUCUGCUCUGCCGCACCUGCAGAACCAGCUCUGGGACCCGGUUCCUGAUCUUCCCCUUCCUCCUGCUGCGAGACCUGCCACACCAAAGGUAGAGGAGCAGUGGACGUAUGAUCUCUUCAGUGAUGCUCCUCCCUUUCCAGAAGACGGCCCACUCACCCCGGGGCUUCCAUCAGACCCAGACCGUCAGAGAGCAUCUUCUCCCCAGGAGAUUUCCCCAGUCCAGACCAGGCCUUCUGGAAAGACAUCUGACAAAGGGCCGCCAUCUGACAGCAGACAGAGUCCUGAACAGCGAGCUGAACCUCCCAGAGCCCUCAGCAGGAUUCAAAAUUGGGAGAAGGCGGCUCCGUCUUCAGCAGGAGAGCCGAGGAUCGGAGGAGAACAAGAACAGUGGAGCGGACGGCUUCUAGCCGAGUCGCUGAAGGUUUCCAACCCAUCGGUUUCUCCAGGAGGCGAGGAGGAGGAGCAGAGCGCUAGCAAACAUGAAGAAGGAGCUCUGCAGAGCUGCCCCAUGUGCCUUCAUGUGUUCCCUUCUGGGUUCACGCAGAUGGAGCGGGACGGCCACCUGGCCCAGUGUCUCUCUGAGCUGAGCGUGGACAUGACCUGGUGAGGCGACAGGAAGCUGGCGGCCGUCCCGGGGCUUCAGGCAGCCAGAUGCCCUGACACACUCCAGGACCCGGUCAGCUGGAAGAGGGCGUGGUCAGGUUAUUUACUCCACUGACGCAGACUCAACACUCAGGGUCAGAGCUGGGGGAAAGUUGGAGGGCUUUGAAUUGAACUGAGAUUCUGAUGGGGGACGGUGGAAAACUUGCUCCUUGUGGUUCAGACAGCUGCUGAGUGUAGCCGUUUGUUCUUCUCUAAAGGACUUUUGGAAAAGAAACGUUGGCCUUAGCCGCACCUUUCAGCUUUUUGACCCACUUAGAGCCGUUUCAGGAAACAUAAUUAUCUGCAUUGAAAUCCGAGCUCAGGGAAAGCAGCUGAAAAGUCCUUCAGGCUCAGCGCCUGUAUCUGAUUGGCCUGUAAAGCCAAGGAGAUGAGGCUCUUGUUCUAUUAUUGGAUAAAUUCGUGUUCCACAUGUCAGAUCUGUAAAACUGGAGAUUUUCAACCUCAGUUUUACGCCUCCAUUUUAAAAAAAUCGUUUUUUAAAAGAGAAAUUUAAAAGAUGUGAUUUUUGUUCUUGAACCUGUAAUUGCAGUCUUAUAAAUGCAUUUUUCCAAUUUUCA